AUAUGCGUAUUUAGAGAUAAAAAAAUGUUUUUUCCUGGUUCCUUACUUAUAUACAUAUACCCGCAUUUCUGACACAAAAUAUUUACAAUAUAAUUUAUAUUAUAAUUGCUGUACGUCUAAGAUAAGAGUUUUUUUUAUAAAUGUUAGUAACAGACACUUGAAAUAACAGUCUCAUUAAAGUGUUAAACAAAGUUUUUUCUCCUUCAGUUCUUUUUAUGACAUUGUAACGAAUUCACUUUUAUUUAGGAAUUUUUUUUCUCAAAUUCAAAAAUGUUUUUUAGCAAAAUUUGUUGUUUGCUAUUUUUUUUUAUUUUAAUAUCGGAAAAUUGUGCAUCGAAAAUGGAUAUUCUCUAUGAAUGGAAAUAUGUUGAUUAUCUUUGGAAAAAUUCGGAACAGAGGGAAAGGGCAAUUAAUUCCGGCUAUCGGAAUAAGUCAAUUAUUAUUGAUGUUGACCAAGCGUCAGAUGGACGAAUGUUUGUUACUGUCAUUGGAACUGAUACAGUACCAGCAAGUGUGAAUACGAUUUCAAAUCAAAAAAGUGAAGCUGGUCCUUUAUUAAAACCUUAUCCCGAUUGGUCUUGGUAUGAAAAUAAUCAAAAUUGUUCAGGAAUUACCAGCGUUUUUAGAGUUGCAAUUAAAUGCAAUCGUUUAUGGAUCCUGGAUAAUGGAAAAUUUGGAGCAAAACAAGUUUGUCCUGCACAAUUGUUAAUAUUUAAUUUAGCAGAUGAUCAUCUUGUAAAAAAAGUCAUGAUUCCGGAUAAUUUUGCUGCUAACAGUCAAGGGGUAGGACUUCUAAUUACUCCAAUUGUGCAAACAAUGGGAAUGUUGUGUGAACCUUGGAAAUCAAAUGUUUUUAUGGCUGAAGUUGAAGUUGGUGCAUUAGUCGUUUAUAAUAAUUAUCAAAGAACAAUGUGGCGAAUAGAAGGUAAAGAAUUUGAAGCAGAACCAAAGUUUAGCAAUCACACUAUCGCAGGAGAUACUUUUCAUUUGCCUGAUGCUCUAUUUGGAAUGGCACUAUCGCCUCCAACUUAUAAUCGUCGAUCGCAAUAUCUUGCACUCUCAAAACUCUCUUCGAGAAAUUUAUAUAUCGCUCAAACUUCGGAGGUUCUUAAUUCCUAUUAUACAAGAAAUUUGAGAUUCGAAAAAUUCGAAAAUAUCUUUCCAAGUGAAAUAACCACCAUGGCUUUUAGUUCAAAAGGUGUUCUAUUCUUUGGACAAACUACCGAAAUUGCUAUUGGAUGCUGGAAUAGUCACAAAAAAUUAAUUCCCCAAAAUUUGGACACAGCUGCUCAAGACGAUAAAACACUACAAUUUACAAGUGGAAUGAAAAUUAUUAAUAGAUGGGGUGAAGAUGAAAAAUUGUUAAUAGCAACAAAUCGUUUUCAAAAGUUUUAUCUUGAUAAAAUGAAUUUCAAUGAAAUUAAUUAUCGAAUUUUGUCGAGAUCCGUCAAGUCACUUAUUUCGAAUACAAAAUGUAACAACUAUCGUUUAUAAGAGAGGAAAGAAUGAAUAAAAAGAACAGGAAAUAUCAAACACCACCUGACAGUAUAUUUUUUUUUAUAAACUAAUACAGUUAUUAUACAAAGUAAUAUUGGAUUCCAAAAAAUUGUACGUACAUGGGGAUAAAAUUCGAUCAUGAUUUUCUAUUUUGAGUUCUUUUUUCCGAUUUAUAACUCUUGUGUACAUUUGAUAGUGGAGAUAUAUAAAAAUGUAUAACACAAAAUAUGUU